AUGCUUUCGAAAACUACAGGUCCAUUCACAGCAGCGCUCAAAUAUACUAUACCAACAAGUAAGAGCUUUGACGCAUGUGUCAAAGCAUGCUACAACGAUUUGGACUGUAUCUAUGUAGCCUACGGCAAUGGUUCUCAGUCACCUAAGGAUACGUCAUGCAAUAUUUACAUGAGGGGUGGGGUAGUAUUUCCUGCACAUCCGAAAGUGUACGGAAUGAACCGAACGGAAGAGGACACAUCAAGUGCAAUGUGCAGUAGUGUUGUACAAUGCGCUGCAAAACAAAACUAUACGAAGGUCAACGCUACCGACAAGCUUACAAUCGAAGAACAGCAGUGCCCGUACAAUGCAUCAAUAGUCACCAUUAACGUCUACAAGGAACCCACGUAUGGGUUUCAUGUAUAUGCUAUGAAUGAUACCGACCCUAUACCGGGUUAUAAUAAAAUUUGCAGCAUGCAGUUUCUGGGGAUGGAACUCACGGACUGUAAUUCGGUCCCAGUUUACACGCGUGGAGAGGGAGACUACAUUCGCUUCUUCUUUGGCAACGAUUCUUAUCAGAAAACUGGCUACUCCAAAACUAAUAUGUCAGUGUUGCCUCAGCCAUGCAUAUAUAACGGAACUCUACAAUGCUACAGCUCUGUGAAGAUCCGCGAAUAUAAGAGAAGCCAGUAUGACGACUUCGUCUAUUGGAGCUCCGUUCCUCCAGGCUAUCCUUAUGAUCCCUACAUAGAAACAGAGGUCACGCAGGAUUUCUGGAUUGUCAGCGGCGGUUGUUAUUGA